AUGAUUAAUUAGAUAUUUAAUAAUCAAUAGAUAUACUUAAAGAAAUACCAAGUAUUAAUUUAUAUAUAUAUAAAUUUUUAUAGUUGAAAGAAAUGUAAUUGUAUAAUUAUAAGAAGUAAUCUCUUAAAUAUCAAAGAUUCUAUCUACAAAUGAUAAUAAUUAUUAAGAUUAAGUAGAAUUUAUUAAGAAUAUUUAAGAAUUCAUUGAUUAAGCUAAAAAAUAUUAAUGUUAAAUAAAUUUAUUUGAUUAGACUAUAACAUUAUUUUAAUAACAUACUAAUAAUAUAGAUUAAAUAUAAUCAAAAAUUUAAAAUUAAAUUUUAAAUAAAUAAGAAUAAAUACAAAUUUAAUAUUAGAAUUUAUCAAAAUUAUUAAAUGAUUAUAUUAUAACAUUUGAUAAUAAAACUAAAUAAAUUAAGAAAUAUUGUAAUAUUUCUAAAUUGGAGAUGGAUUUAAUAAAAUUAAAUGAAUUAAAUUCAAAUUUAGUAAAGUAAUUUAAUUAAAUUAAUUAAUAGAAACAAAUAUAUAAAAUCAAAUGUCAAAAUAAUUAGAUGAAAAACAUCAAUAAUCUUAAUAAUUAUUAAAAGAAUAAUAAGAUAAAUGUAUUUUCAUAUAUAUAUUAUUUUUUUUAGAUUAAAAAUAAAUUGAUGAUAUUAAUCUAAAAUUACAAUCAAAUGAAAAAUUAAAUUUAAAUUUAAAGAUUAAUUUGAUUUAAAAACUUAAGAAAUAAUCAAUCUAAAAAAUUAAAAUGAAAAAGAUGAAUUAAAUAUUAUUAAGAAUAUUGAAGAUUAAAGUAUUCAAUAUAAUUAUUAUAAAUAGAAAACAAAGAAAUUACAGAAAUUAUUAAAAGAUUAAAUUAAAAGGAAUCAGAAUUACAAACAAUCUAAAAACAAUUUGAUUAAAUUAAUCAAGAAAAGUUAUAAAAAGAAAAAUAAUUAAAAUUAGACUUAGAGAAAGUAAUAGCUUUAAUAAUGUCCAAAAACAUUAUAAUUUAGUGUUACUUAUAAGGGUGUAAAUUGUUAAGUAACUGAAGGUGGAAAAGUUGUGAGUGUACUGGUGGUGGUAGUAACUAUUAUUGUCUUUGUGAAUAAGCAAUUCCAAAGGCUGGGAAAAUAUUGUUUGCAUUCUAAAUUCUCAGUUUAACACCAAAUAUGUUUAUUGGAACUGGAUUUAGAGAUAUUAUAUCAAAAAAUAAUUAUUAAAAUGUAGGAGUUGGGUAUGUGUAUAGGUAUUAAAUUAUAAUAGAUCAUAUAUGAUACGUUAAGAUGGUUAUACAUACUCACAUCAUAAUAAAGAUGUAAAGAUGUAGAUGGUAAUAAAUUAUCAUUUACAUAUACAACUAAUGAUAGAAUCAUAAUGGAAGUAAGUAUUGAACAUAAGUAUAUUAAAUGGACCAGAUACAUCCAUAUCAUAAGAAUUAUAUCCAUGUGUAUACAUUUAUUAAUCAUCAAAAGUUAAAAUAUUGGAUAAUAUUCCAAAUUGA